AUGUCUUUUCAGGCCCCUCGGGACAAGUCCCCAUUUAUGUCUCAGCAACCUUUCCAGAACAACUACUGGCGUGCUAGUCGAAGCCCCGGGACCAACGGGCUGCCUGGGUAUGGGUUUUCUCCCCCUGCUGGCAUCUCCAACACCCUGAAUAAUCCUCUCUCCGGCGACCGUACCCUCCCCAUGUACAAGGACAAACCAUAUUUUGCACCCCGGCGCACUGGUCCGAGAGCCAGACGGAGGAGGAUCAUUUAUAGCGGACUAUGUCUGUUUGCUCUGCUCUGUCUGUGGUACUACUCGGGCUCUGGCCAGCCGGAGUGGAAGACGCCGGACGGGGAGAAGGGCGCCGAGCUCUGGAAGUGGGUGCAAAGUUUUGAGGAGUCGGAACCAGCAUACGACGGUAGCUCGCCAAAGAACAAGAUCGACUGGGCUGCAAGGAGGGAGAAGGUACGCGACGCCUUCAUUGUGAGCUGGGAUGGGUAUGCCACUAAUGCGUGGGGUUACGAUGAGUACCACCCGAUUGCCAAAAGUGGGCGACAUAUGAUUGCCGGGGGAAUGGGGUGGAUAAUAGUUGAUGCGCUGGACACGUUGAUGAUUAUGAACCUGACGUCGCGAGUGCAACAUGCCCGCAGCUGGAUCCACAACUCAUUGCAGUACAACCAGGAUCACGAUGUGAACACCUUUGAAACCACCAUUCGUAUGCUGGGUGGUCUACUUUCCGCACACCAUCUCUCCGCCACCUAUCCCGAUCUGGCCCCGAUCACCGAUGAUGAUGCAGGCUCGCCGGGAGAGGAUUUGUAUAUCGAAAAGGCCACCGAUCUUGCCGAUCGACUACUGGGCGCGUUCGAAUCUGGCACUGGAAUUCCUUACGCAAGUAUCAAUCUCAACAAAUCGGAGGGAAUCCCCUCGUACGCGGAUGGCGGCGCCUCGUCUACUGCUGAGGCCACGACCUUGCAGUUGGAGUUCAAAUAUUUGGCCAAAUUGACGGGCGAGGCGGAGUACUGGCAAGCCGUAGAGAAGGUAAUGGAGGUUGUGGACGACCAGAAGAUGGAAGAUGGUCUGCUCCCAAUCUAUGUAUACCCAGAGACCGGCGAGUUCAAAGGCGACAACAUCCGUCUGGGUAGCAGGGGCGACUCAUACUACGAGUAUCUCAUCAAACAGUACCUUCAGACUCAGGAACAGGAACCGGUGUACAAGAAGAUGUGGGAUGAGUCCCUCGUCGGCGUCCGCAAGCAUCUAAUCACCUACACGCAGAAUGCUCAAUUGACUGUUCUGGGUGAACGUCCGAACGGUCUGGACGGAGUACUCUCUCCCAAGAUGGAUCAUCUAGUAUGCUUCUACCCAGGCACCAUCGCUCUCGCAGCGACCGGUGGACGCCCUCUUUCCGAGGCAAGAAAGUCGCCCGAUUGGGGCCAGCGUCAGGAAGAAGAAAUCCUCCUUGCUCGGGAACUUACCAAGACCUGCUGGGCAACAUACCUGGUCACCAAGACUGGCCUUGCACCGGAAAUCACCUACUUCAGGGUGGAUGAUCCUCGCGUGAUGGAAUCAGACAUGUACCCAGACUCGACCAUUGCUAAAUCUGCUCAAGGCCAGCAGUCCCACUCUGGCGAACUCCCUCUGCUCUCCAAAUCUCUCUAUCCCCUCGGCGACCUGACCACAAAAUGGCGUGAUGAUCUCGACAUUCACAAACAGGAUCGCCACAAUCUCCAGCGCCCCGAGACUGUCGAAUCCCUCUUCUACAUGUACCGCAUCACUGGAGACGAGAUCUACCGCCACUGGGGCUGGGAGAUGUUCAAGUCCUUCAUCAAGCACACUGCCGUAGUCGAGGACAUUCCUGCCGAGGAAAUCAAAAUCACCGGUUUCACCUCCCUCUCGAAUGCGGAUGACACUCCCCCCCUUAUGCGGGACAACAUGGAGAGUUUCUGGAUGGCAGAAACGCUCAAAUACUUCUACCUCCUAUUCUCGGACCGGGACUUCAUCUCCCUGGAGGAGUAUGUGUUCAACACGGAGGCACAUCCCCUCCCCCGUUUUAAGCCGACCGGGGAGCUGAAAACAGGUUGGACGAGGAAGAGUCGAACAAAUAGCCAGACAGAGGAGGGGGCAUCUGUAUAA